UUUGAAUGUAGACGACAAAUCGAUCGGACGUCACUACUAUUUUACAUGUAUUUGUCCCACAGGUCAGAGACUUGUCCACAAUGUCGUGCCAGAACGACAAAAGAUAGAAUCUAUAAGGCCUACUUCACGUUUUCGAAUAACAAUUUGCAAGGGAGGAUUAACUGCUUGAAAUUUCAAGAUCUACUGAACGAAAGGAGCAUCAUGCGUUACACUUUCGAAAAUACGGUUUUGAAGAAGCAGAAUGCUGAACUCAAGCAGAAAGUGCGAGUGGUGGAAAACGAUAUCAGGUGGAAAAAUUCAGUUAUUCAUACGUUAAAGGUACAGAUAAGAAAUUUCAAGAAGAGGCAUCAAGAGUAUGAAGUUAUGAAAAAGGAGUUAUCAGGGAAGAAUGGAGAAGUGAAGCAGAUUCGAGCCAUAUAUAAAGCGCUGUCGGCAUGUAGAACAUUUACGGAUGUGCACGAUAUGUUUAUAACAGCUGAUCACGACACUAUGAUUCAUUGUUUUUUUCUUAUGAAAGAGGCAAUGUAUGAGAGAAAAUGGAAACAAUCCCCAUGAAUAGCUUUGAAGGCACAGCGGUACCCUAGAAUAAGAGCGAAAAAGUAUGUAUUUUCAAUGUUUUCAAAUACAUCUAAUGAUCUUAAUUGAA